AUGAAUGUUGAAACACAGAGCAGUUUAUAUAACAAAUUCAAAGAGUUAUUAGAUAAAAUGAAGUAUUAUUAAUCUACAUACUAGAAAUAAGGAAAAGCCACUUGUUGUCUUUACACUUCACGAAUUGAAUUGUGAUGACACAAAACAAUUUUUUCAGGUAACUACUGAGUUAAUCUCAUCUGGCAUAAAUUUUGCUAUUGCUAAAGUAAUACUUAGAACAAUAACUUAAGUAAAUUGAUAAGAGAAUGUGGCACAUAAUUAAGCAAUAAAUUGAUAUUGAAUUAAAAAGCAUAUCUCCUGAUGUAGAUGAAGAAAUUAAGUAAUUUUAUGAUCUUCGAAUAAACUUUCUAAAAACUAUUAUCAAAAACCUGACUCAAUAAAAUUAAUUAGGUGGAUUAAAGAAUGAUAAUGAAUUCAGAUAAUUUUUAGCAAAUUUAUAUUGUUAUGCAGGUGAAUUACAUGAACAUCUAGGGAGGAGAUUAGAGAAGAUGAAUAAAUAGCCUAAGGAUAAUUAUAAAUUUGCUGAUCUAUUCUAUAAUAAGGCUAUUUCAAUCUAUCCCUUUUAAGGAAAAUAUUACUUCUUGAUUGCUACAUUAAUGAGAUAAUUUUAAGAUACAUUCAAUGCAGCAUGUUGUUUGUAAAAAGCUCAUUUUGCUCAAAUACCUUAUAAUUGCAAAGAAAAUAUGAAUGAAGUAUUUGAAAUAAAUAGAACUCACUAUAAUGAAUGGGCUAAGCAUAUUAAACCAGCUAGUGAAUUAGAUCGUGAUACAUAUUUAAGAGCUUUUAUGGUGUAUUUAAUAAGAUUCAGUACGAUUGUUGUAUGAAUUUAAAAUAAAUUUAGUUCACCAAAAUAGGUUUUGAAGAGUUGCCUUAAUUAGCUAAUAUGUAUUAGUAUUUAUAGGAAUACUUUAAGAUAGUAAAAACAAAUGUACAUAAUGAUCAUAAACAAUAAUAUUAAUUGUUAUUAAAAGUAAUUAUGAUAACCAAUUUUGGUUUACAUCAUAGUUUAACAACAUUUUAAUUGAAAACUGUAUAAGAUAUCAAAGAUAAUGAUUUAGUAAGAGAAUCAAUUAAAUAUGUUUAUGGAUUAUAUGUAAACUCACUUGAUUUUAUAUUAAAAUAUUUGCUUUAGAAUUCAAUGAAGAAUUUAGAUUAAGUACCUCCAGUUACAUUUUUAUAAUUAGUAAUCCCAAUUAUCUAUUAUUUAUAUGAUUAACCUUUAAUUUGUACAUAUUUAUUGUCUGAAUAUCCUUCUUUAAAUGAUAAAUUGGCAUAGAUCUUUUUAUAUUCAAGAUAGAAUCUGUAUUAAGCAGAGAAUUAGAGUAAUGAUUUAUUUUAAUUUUAAUCUUAAUUGAAUGAGUAAUUUCAUUCCUUUUUAUUUCCAUUUGAAAUGCCUUUAGUAGGAUUCACUUGUUAUAAUCAUGUUCUAUAAACAUUUAAACAAUAAUCUUCAACAUAUAAAGAAGAAGAUAAUUAGACAUCAAUAAUAUUAUUUUAUGUUUGUGAACAAAUAAUAUAAUAAUUACAUGGCAUUUAAAUAUAGACUGUAAAAGAACCAAAAUGGGAAUAAGAGAUUCCUAAAGAAUUAAUCAAGAAAUUAAUAAUAAUAGAUGGAAUGAAUGUGGCAAUGAGAUAUGGAUAGGAAUAAUCUUAGGCAGCAAAAUUUUGUUCUUAGGGUUUGAAAUGUGCCUUAGAAUUUUGGGUAAAGAGAGGACAUGAGGUAAUGAUUAUCUUACCUGAUUUUUGUUUUAAUGAAAGUGAGAUAAAUAAAAAGAAAGAAUCUAAUGUAAAUAAUAUUAAUUAAUUAUUCUUUAGAAAAAUAAUAUCAAUAAAUUACCUGAUGAUGUCAAAUUAUUAUUGGAAAUGAAGAAUAAAGGUUAUGCUUAUGGAGUUCCUAAUUGGAAUUAUGAUGACUCUUAUAUGAUUUAAUAUGCAAGAGAAAAAGGAGGAUUAAUUUUGACUAAUGAUCGAUAUAAUGAUCAUAUUAGAGCUUUGGAACAUAAUAUUGUAGAAAGAGAAAGAUUGAAAGAAUGGAUUAGGAAUAAUUGUAUCAGUUAUACAUUUCUAUAAAAUGAAUUGGUUCCUAACCCUGAUCAAUUAAAAAGAAUUUGAUU